UUCCUCCUCUUUUAUCCACUCUCUCUCUCUUCGUGUGUCUGUGUUGUAUAUAAAUAUACAAAAGGAAAGGGAUAUAGUAGGUAGAAGAUAGAGUUGAAUAGAGAGAUAGGAUAGAUGGGAAGGUCGAGAGCAAUAGGACAAAUCGUAACCCUAGAUGUGAGAUCCAUGAGGUGUCGCCUACUGAAUCACAGAAGUCAAUCAUCUUCAUCUUCAUCUUCAUCGGAUCCGCUGAUACGGAAGCUGGAAGAUGCGAUUCACCGCAUCAUCGUUCGGCGAUCGGCUCCUGAUUGGCUACCGUUCCUGCCCGGUGCGUCGUACUGGGUCCCUCCUCCACCUUCCCAACCUUCCACUGCUCUCACCCAAUUGCUUCACAACUUGGCCAAUCCCAAUCCCAAUCCCAUAACAACUCCUCCUCCUCCUCCUCCAUCUCAUCAAUCAGUCUGGCCUUCUUCCUCAUAUUUCAUUCAAGGUGCUGUUUCUCAACCUCACCCACUCGAGCUCGAUCCUAAUUCCCACUCACAAGAUGAGGAUGACAACGUUGAAGAAUAGUUUCCACUUUCCCAACUCCUAUCUGCCUAGGGCUCAUCCAGAUCUGUAAAUUAUAUAUGCGUUGCAUAUUUCUUUCUUCAGGAGGAGGAUCUGUACAGAUACAUGCAACUUCAUUCCCAUGUAUAACUGUUUCUUGGUGUUAGUUAAACUUGCCAAUGUGAUGUACUCGUAGAGGAGAUGCUUUUUCAUUCUAAUGCAAUGUAUAUUAUUAUUAUUAUUAUUAAUAUUAAUAAUAUCCUCCUUAUUCUU